AUGCAUUUCUUCAGUAGUGGUGGCGGCGGUGGAUUUCCAUUCGGCGAUUUCUUCGGUGGGGCAGGCCCACAGAGUCCUCAUGAAGAAGAGGAAGUUGAUAGCACAAGAUUCUAUAUUCUUUUUAUAAUAAAAUUUUUAUAUAAAAUUACUAUCGAUUUCUCUAUUUUUUCUGCAGAAAGUUGCAUUCUUUUUAAUUAAAAAAACAUUAGGUUUUAUAAAUGACUAUACAUUACUUGGAGUUGACAAGAACACAUCAUGUGGCGACAUCAAAAAAGCUUACCGACAACUAGCCAAAACCAAACACCCUGACAAAGGUGGAGAUCCAAAAGAAUUCCAAGAAAUCACACAUGCAGCAGAAAUUCUAUCAGAUCCAGAAAAACGCAAAGUCUAUGACCGAUAUGGCGAAAAAAAAGAUUAAGAAUAAGAUUAUAAAGUCAUGAGCGGGACCCUAAUAGUCGGGCUACAUUGACUCCAGGAAAGGUGGCUAACGCUAGCUGCGUAUACACUAAAGUUCAAAUGGUAUAAGGCCAAAUCAAAAUUAAACCUCUUUGAUUUCUGGUAAGACUCAUAAAUUCGACCUGCUCCAUAGGGAGCACGCCUCUAAAACCAAUUUCUGUCAGUGCCACCAUUUUAUUUGUUGGCGCAAAAGGCAUCAACCAAGGGAUGAGUGGCGCUGAAAGUGAAGCAACCAGCAUCUUUGACUUACUAGCAGGCCGUGGCGGACAAAGAAGAGAGCAAGGCCCAAGGCGUGGCCCAGACGCGACUUACACAUUGAAAUGCAGUUUAGAAGAUAUUUACAAUGGCGCUACAAGAAAAAUCGCUAUAAACCGCGACAGGAACUGCCAAACUUGCAAUGGUGAAGGUGGGCACCAUGCUAAGACUUGCAGUUCUUGCAAAGGUAGAGGUAUAGUUACCAAAAUUGUUCAAGUUAAUCCUUGGAUGCAAACACAAAGCACUGGAGCUUGUGAUGACUGCAAUGGCACAGGGAAAACAUAUGAUGCCAAAAACAGAUGCAAAACUUGCAAAGGGAAGCAGAUUCUCCCGGAAAAGAAGGUGAUUGAAGUCGUUAUUGAUAAAGGUGUGCCAAACCAUCAUAAGUACUCUUUUAUGGGAGAAAGUGAUGAAAAGCCAGGGAUGCAGGCUGGAGAUCUCAUAGUGGUGGUUGAAGAAAAGGGGCAUGAGCUUUUUAAGAGAAAAAAGGCAGAUUUGGUCAUGCUAAAGAAAAUUUCUCUAAAAGAAGCACUUACAGGCUAUAAAUUCAUUAUCACACACUUAGAUGGCACACAAAAGCUCAUCCAAUCUGAACCUCAAGAUAUCGUAAAGCCUGGAGAUGUUAGAACUGUGAGAGAACUCGGAAUGCCACUCAUGAGGACUCCAUUUAAGUUUGGAAACUUAUUUGUUACCUUUGAAGUCGAGUUCCCAGCUCCACGUUCUUUAUCUCCUGCACAAAUUAACCAAUUAAGAACUGUUUUGCCAGGUGAUUUAAUGGAAAUUGAAGAUACCCCUGGGGUAGAAAAGCACUCCACGAUUGAGUUCGAAAAAUCCCACGUGACGGAAAAUGAUACAAAGAUUCAUUCUGACUAUAAGGAUGAAGAAGAAGAUGACGAUGACCCAAGGUUUGCAGGCGCAAAAAGAGUUCAUUGCUCUGGGACAAUAUUCUAA